AUGGCAAUAGAGAUUCUUAUACUGAAGAAGCUAAAUCAUCCUAAUAUUAUUAAGCUUGAAGGAUUGGUGACAUCAAAUAUGUCUUAUAGUCUCUACCUGGUGUUUGAAUACAUGAAACAUGAUCUCUCUAGCCUUUCUGUCGUCCAAGGUGUCAAGUUUACAGAGCCACAGAUUUUUAAAUUACGUGGCUCUCCAUCAGAUGAAUACUGGAAGAAAUACCGAUUACCAAAUGCAACACUUUUCAAGCCACAACAUCCUUACAUGCGUUGUACAAUAGAAACAUUCAAAGACUUUCCACCUUCUUCUCUACCUUUACUAGAAACUCUUCUUGCAAUGGUACCUAAGGACAGAGGCACUGCCACUUCCGCUCUUAAUAGCAAGCAAAGAGGUUUAAGCAGUAAAUCUCAUGCUGUGGAUGGAAAUAGAAGAACAAGGACACGUGAACGUGUUUGCCGUGCAGUUCCAGCUCCAGAAGCCAAUGCAGAAAUCCAAUCAAAUUUAGAUGUGAGCUUUGGAGCUGCCGGAGUCUCAAGACUCUUUACUUGUUCGACAACUGAUUCCCCGGGUAAACAAAGACCUCACCGGAGGAAACAACGGCCUCGCCGGAGUCUGGUUCAACAUCCUAAUUUCACCACCACCACUAUCAUCCCCUCUUUAUACCCACCGUCGGUAGAACCCUCUAUCCCUCACACACUCACGCACAUGAUGAAAGAAGUACAUCGACUCGCUCCUUGUUCAUCCUUAGUUCCCAAUUAA